AUGAUCACUUACCCGUCAGGGAAGGCAUGGAGGAGCGGCUCAGAGAACUCCCCCAAGCGCAGUGAUGACCCAGAUUUCAGUGGCUGGAACCCUUCACCCGGCAAACUGCAGAAGGUGCUGCGAAGGGCCGAGUAUAAUCUGUUAAGCAAAGCGCUGAUCUUCGAGGGCAACUUUGUGCAGGUGACCAAGAGGGGCGAAUGCAUUGGCAUCCACAAUCACCCCAAUAUUGUUGUCAUGGGCAUACUGGCUAGGAAACCCAGCAUGCUACUUCCAGACUUGAUGAUCAUUGGCCGGGAAAAACAAAGGAUAGGAGCAAAAUACCCCAAGCUGAAAGAGCUGGAAAUAACGCGGUUGAUCCCUCUUCAGCUGGUGGAGAUUUUUGUUCACAACUUGGAACAGCGGCAGCUGAAAGUGCAGAUCGUGACUGGGCAAAAAUACUACCUGCAGCUCUAUGCCCCCGAGAAGGAAGCGGACUUCCUCUUUGAUCGCUGGCUGCGCCUCAUCUACCUACUGCAUGUGGCCAAGGGCAAGAUAAAUGCACCGCCAAGCAUUGCCUCUAAGGAAUCUGGAGUUCACACCAUAUGGAAGACUGCGAGCUUGCGCACUGUGCCCAGGAAACAACACUGGCUACCAGCCAUCAUGAAUAAAGGGUCCACUGGGCAGCUGAAGGAGCAGCUACAGCAGGCCAGUCCCUCCAGGGAGAAGUCAAGAUCCAUGCAACGUGAUACUGCUUCAAAUCAAAGCAACUUAAAAUCAGAAGGUUUCACUGGAUCCUCAUUUUACUCAUCUCAAGGAUUCCCUGGAACCUCACCAAGUGACGGGCCCACUUACACAGAUCAAUCUGUGUAUUCAGUUCCAAGGAGCCUAAAUUGGAAAACAUCUAAGCAGCCAGUAGCAUCCCAGACUGACCCUUCCAGUUCUGGAAGGUCUCAGACUCAGAAGCAGUCCCUAUCAAAACAGACUUCUCUCCAUUCCUCACCACAAGCUCAUGUUUCAAUGGACAUAGAACCUUCUCAAGCAGCUGGUUGCUCCACACCAGUGAGUCAGAUUAACACCAGAGGACCUGAUCAAGCAAGGAAUGUGGGACAUCCCUAUGCCACAAGAGAAACCCCCACACUGGUAACAUCAUCUGAAUCUGAGCCUGCUGCUAUCAAACUGCAAAAGAGUAAAAAAUCCAGUGCUUUGGUACAAAGCACAUCCAAGAGGAGCUCUGAGCUCCACAGGGAGAAGGAUGCUGCCACCAAGCAGCCAAGCAAAAGUCCCAGCUCUUCAGAGCCCAUCAGUCCUCUGUCACAAGGAAGAGAAGGCAAGGCCUCCCGAAGCCUAGCAGCUAAGCAGAGCCAGCCCACAUCCAGACCAGCUUCUAUAGGAGUACCAUCAGCCAGCCCUCCCCCGAGAUCCCGCAUCUCAGUAGCUGCUGGUCCUUCUGAGGCAGGUGCCGUGUCACCAGCAGCUGGCCGAUCCAGACCAGCCAGCCGGGAAGCUCAUGUGGUUUCAGAGAAAUAUGGGACCUCAGUCUCUCCUUCUAAGAUAGAAAACCAGGGCCAGAACAGUGACCCAUAUUCAAAGACAUCCAGAAUACCGCGUAUCAGGCCCCGUUCAUCUUCGAGCCCCUCCCCAGACUCCACAUCUCGGAAUUUGUCACAGAAGGGAAAGGAACCUGUGAUGCAAGUCCGCAGGACAACAGCAUCAGUAGGAGUGGGGCCUUCUCAAUCAGGUUGGAAGAAUGUGGCAGUGGGCCCCUCCAAACUGGCUAGCCUAGUUUCAAAGAGGUCCAAAAAGCAAACAUCAGGAACAGACAAACAAAGUGAAGCGAAAACAAAAUCCCAUGGAGGGACAAGUAAGGAACCAUCCAGCAGCCAGAUGUCUGAGUCCAGGAGCAAACUGAAAAAGGCUCUGAGUACAGCCAAACAAAAAAGCAGCAUUACUUUCGUGACCAUCUUUAGCAUCCUGUCCUCAUCCGUGGAGGCAAUGAAACACUCAAAGAGCAGAGAUGAUGCUAAGCAUGUGGCUGCCAAGCCUUCCAAACGUGUAACAAUCUCUGGUGUGAUUGGCCCAUCAGGAAAAAAUGUCCUGCAAGAUGAUGAGGAGGAGGGAAAUCCCGAAGGCAGCACUCUGAACAUGGAUGUAGGCACCAGUACAUCUGCUAUGAGGGGGUUGGAGACAGAAGAGCACUCAUCUUCAAAGGUCUACUCUUCCAUGGCCAAAGGAGUUCCUGGAGGAAGAACUCCUGGAGCUCUGGGUGGCAUUUCAGAAACAGCAGAACACUUGAGGUCAGGUAGCCGGACCACUGCCAAGGAGCCUUCUGUGGCAAGCACAACUUUUCGGGAGCCCAGAGAAACCAGACCCACAGGACAUCCCAGCAUAUCUCCCUUGGGGAAUCAAGAUGUAGCUAAAAGGUCUUUAGUAGUAUCAAAAUCCUCUGAGAAAUCUAGACUCUCCCCUGUCCCUUCUAAGCCAGGCAGCAAAGUACCCCAAAUGAAACCGACCAGUCCAGGGCCCUCCAAAAAUCUCCCAACCUCCAGGGGAGCCCUUAGAAAAACAGAUGUGGCUACCUCCCCUCCAAGAUCAAAGAUAUCUGUGGGUGUGGGACGCUCAGCAGUAGACAUGGUCUCUGUAGCAGUUGGUCCCUCUGUCCCUGACAACAGGAGCAGAGUCUUGAAGCAGGGAGAGUCCAGUGCGCUGCCUCCACAGAGGAGCCGAACAGCUGAGGCUCAGAGGUCAGGCUCCCAGUCUGUGGCAGUAUCCAGCCUUCUUCCCAAAUCCCCCAUUUCGAUGGGUGUGGGUUGCUCCACAGCAGAAACCAAAUCUGUGGGAGUGGGGCACUCAGCCAUGGACACAUUUUCCAAAGCUGCUGGUCCUCCCAUGCCAGCAAGUUCUCCCCAUGUUGCCAUGGGUGCGGCAGACACGGUUUCUGAAGCAGCUGUUGUGAAGAUGGAAGGCAAGUCUGUAGCCAAGAUGAAGAAACAGAAGAAACCACAGAAACCCAGAAAAGCUACUGCCCCUAAACUUCCCAGUGGACCUGACCAACAAGAACACAGAGAGACAUCUCACAGAAGUCAGAAAUGAGAUGGCUCAAAAAGACCCUGUCUUGAUGGAGUCCACAGUGUCUUAGCCCAAUAUACACAGAGGCCAGUUUCUGAAGCGAUCCGGAGCUGCCAUAUGAGAGAAAAAGGAGAAACUCAUUUCUAUAAAUAU